UGUAACUUAUACGAUAGAUAAUAUAUAGCGGGUAGGCCGUUGUUUGAAAUGAGAGGCUAAAAAUGUUUUUAUCAACACAUUUCGAGGUUUAAUGCACGGCAUCGCUAAUACACCACACGUAUAAAACAUCCAAAUGGCAAUAACAUUUAAACAGCUACAAAAACAGGCAUCCAAGCUGCACCAUGACCUCCAGAGAUUCUCAGGACUGAGUGAUGCCGUGGUUGAGAAUGUCUUGGCUUAUGCUAAGUGCCUGGCUAGACCCGGCUCGGGAGAUGAGAUAGACGACCUGAUCUUUAUAGCCCAGAUGUCGAAACAGUUCAAUAUAACAUCGCCAACACUCCUGCCGUUAAUGUUUGAAGCAAUCAAAUACCCAAAGGCCACCUAUGCAACCGUAGAACAGUUUUGUAAGUUGAUAUGCACAUUCCUGUGUGACGAUAUUGAGAAAAAGAUGGACUUUGUCUUUUCCGUGUAUGACAUCAAUAGAGAUGGGACCUUGUCGUUCUCCGAACUCUACUUUUUUAUAAAGCCGUGUACAAUAGCCACAGACCUGGAUGAAGAUCAUGAGGAAUCUACAAGAGAGCUGAUUGAGUUGGUGCUCAAGAUUUCCGAUAUCGACGAGAACGGUCAGAUUGAAAAAGGUGAAUUCAAAGAAUUAGUGCGAGCCAACUCACUGUACCUGCAGCUAUUGGGUCCUUGCUUACCUAAUGACAAAUACCUGGAGAGGUUCCGCGAGAAAAUAGACCAGCGAUCAGGGAUAGAGACAAAACGGAUAUUCCACAACGAACGGAGGAGCUCCCUGUACGAGCUCCAGUCAUCAAGAGCAGUUUCCCUGUAUCCAGUCAUCUUGGAUAUGCCCUCGUCAUCGGGUUAUCCAUAGCAGGGUCCCAACUUUAUUCCAUGUCAUCGUAGGUAACGUCAUCACACACGUGCAAUAUCUGCACAUAGUUUGGUACAUCACACACGUGCAGUAUCUGCACAUAGUUUGGUACAUCACACACGUGCAAUAUCUGCACAUAGUUUGGUACAUCACACACGUGCAAUAUCUGCACAUAGUUUGGUACAUCACACACGUGCAAUAUCUGCACAUAGUUUGGUACAUCACACACGUGCAAUAUCUGCACAUAGUUUGGUACAUCACAUUAGUGCAAUAUCUGCACAUAUUAAGAUCCAUCACACAAGUGCUGCAGAUGUAGGCAUACAGAUUCAGAUCCAUCACUCCACACAUUAUGAAAGAUUAACGGGACAAGGAAUUCAUUCUUACAACGAGGACUACAUCUGGACACAAGUUUUCGAGCAAGUGAGCCACGUAUGUCCUAUUUGUACACAACAAUAACAUCGUAUUUCAUCACUAUGUUCGUACAGGCAUUCAAGGACAUAGUUUUUAUAUCAGCAAGAAAGAAAUAGCUUCAUACAUAGACCAAGUAGUUUUUAUGUAGCUGAGAGACCAACAUGAAGUAAUCUCAGAGGGCAAGAAAGAAAUAGCUUCAUAGAUAGACCAAGUAGUUUUCAUGUAGCUGAGAGACCAACAUGAACUAAUCUCAGAGGGCAAGAAAGAAAUAGCUUCAUAGAUAGACCAAGUAGUUUUCAUGUAUCUGAGAGACUAACAUGAACUAAUCUCAGAGGGCAAGAAAUAAAUAGCUUCAUAGAUAGACCAAGUAGUUUUCAUGUAUCUGAGAGACUAACAUGAGCUAAUCUCAGUGGGCAAGAAAUAAAUAGCUUCAUAGAUAGACCAAGUAGUUUUCAUGUAGCUGAGAGACCAACAUGAAGUAAUCUCAGUGGGGAAU